AACAAAACCAUCGAUUAGGCUCGACUCGAAAAGAGUACCAGUUUGGCUGGUCGCAAACGCCAGAUUGACAUCAGAACAGUUUUCUGAACAUCAUGGACUACACUUUGGACAGUUAUGGAAACUUCGACGACGAGCAGCACAUGCUGGAAACGGAGGGCCGGAAAAAAGCCGAUAUGCAAAAGCGGGAAGACGCCGCUCAAAUAGAGGAGAAUUUUCGGCUGAAGUGCAUCAGAGGCUACUACAUGAGACUCUCCUGGCACCACAAGAAGCAGUUCAUCCUGGCCAUUGUGCAGAGCAUUGACUGUUUUGACACCCUUCUGAGAAUCAUCAGCUACAUUUCCUCGCUCUACGGAAAAAUGGCCGCCUAUUCUGAUGCCAGCACGCAUUGCCGAACCGAACCGGAUCAGAUCCUUGUGGACCAUGACCGGAGUCUAGAAGGCGACUUUCUCAGAGAGACGAUCUGCAAUGACUUGGGCUGGCUGAGCACUUUGCCGCACCCCCGGCAAAUCCUGCUGGUGCUGAGCCUGUUGCAGAUGGGCGGAAGCGGUCUGAUCCGGAAAAUGUACAUCCCCAUUGUGAAUAUCUACAACAGAAAGCUGCUGCUGCAGGAGCAGGCGGAGACUCAGCAGCUCGCCCUUUUAGAUGUUCCGGAUGUUUUCGCUCAGUCCGAGUUGGAUGAUUCGGAUAAGUAUCCCUCCGACCACCCAAUGACGAUGGAAGUGACGAAAAUGCGCAAAAAGUGGGACGAUGCCAUUGCCAAACUACACCAAGAGGUGUUCGGCUUGAAGCAACCUUCCCAAAAGCCCACUAAGGCUGCGAAGAAGCCCCAGGAUAACGGGGUGGACUGGAUCCAGAUGCUCCCCAUAUGGAUUGUGAAGAAAAUCCUCAACUAUUUCGACCAGAAAACCCUGCAGUCUUUGAAAAAGGUCAACCGCUACUGGGCGUUCGUUUGUGAUGGCCUGAUCAAGGAUCGGCAGACGAAAGUGUUGUUAGAUCAAGCCAUUCAAAGGCUGCGACCCAAUUUGGAGGGCCAACAGUUGUGGAACAAUCAAGCCUGUUCAAAGGCCAGGAAUCCAAGAGAGAAGAGGCUGGAUGGGCUGUUGAUCAGAGGAGCAGUUCGGGAGAACAUGAGACCAAAAGUGCGGAAGACCCAACAGGUUCACACCAGCUUGGUCACAUCUCUGCCCAAGGCUGCCAGCAUUUGCAAACCUUUGGAGAAAAUUGCAGUUUUUCCCCGUCUAAUCCGAGAGGAUUUGCUGCUCUACACGCGCUACCCUUGCGUGCUUAAAGACGUCAACAUCGUUGUCGAUUUGGAGGAACAUCGGCGUACCCUCAGCUACUCUUUGUCCCGACAGCUCAGCGACACGUUCAGCUUGAGCGAAGUCAAUUUGUCCGAUUGGUAAGACUCGCACAUCUACUAACAAAAUUUCCAGUACUCACGAUCAGUGCCAUGCUCGAUGGUGGCUCCCCAUCCCACAGUGGUGCAAACGGUGCCAGAAACUGGCGCUUUCAGGUACUGGCUGCCAGCAGUGCGCUGAGAAGGCAGGCAAAUUGGGCGCACGUGCCUGUUGUAUCUGAUGGGAGCUGAGAGCUUGAUCAGCGCUAGAAAUUAGGGGUUUUUCGUCAACUUGAAGGGUUCUCUUUGACUGUGGCUUACCGAUGUCGUUGCGCAAGAACUCCUUAUCGUAAUCGGGAUGUGAAAUUAUUGUUCUGGCCCAGCGGCGCUGAUCCAUAGGGGCGUAGGAGAAGCGCCGAAGAGUUCCUGCCUGUAUUUCGUAAUAGUACUGCCAGUAUCUGGGAAAUAAAUUGGGUUUUUGGCA